ACGUCACCACGCCAACUUCCGCGUUCAUGUGUCAGACUCGGUGGCGGACGGAAGAGAGCAGAAAUCAUGGCUCUUGCAUUCAGUGAUGAGGAGUUUCAGCAGGCGUGGACGGAGCUGGACGAGCCGCAGCUGGACGGAGGAUGGGAGUUUUUCACCGAGACCAUGAACGUCAAGAUCUACCGACUCUACAACAAGGAGACGGGUUUGUACGAGUAUAAAGUGUUUGGUUCUCUGUCCGGCUGUUCUCCAGAGCUCUGCGCCGAGGUUUACAUGGACCUCAACUACAGGAGACAGUGGGACUCCUAUGUCAAAGAGCUGCAUGAGAAAGACUACAAUGAUCAGAAGGCCAUAUACUGGGAGGUGAAAUAUCCAAUGCCGCUGUCCAACAGGGAUUAUGUGUAUGUGCGCGAGCGAAGGGAUCUGGACGUGUCCGGACGGAAGAUCUGUGUGGUUUUAGCCAAGAGCACGUCUGUGUCUCAGUGUCCGGAGAAAAGAGGAGUGAUCCGAGUCAAAGACUACAAACAGAGCCUGGCCAUAGAGAGUGACGACUCCGGAGGAACCAAAAUGUUUAUGAACUACUUUGAUAAUCCUGGAGGAAUGAUCCCGACGUGGCUGGUCAACUGGGCAGCAAAGACGGGCGUUCCUUCAUUCCUCACCGACAUGAAGAAAGCCUGCAGCAACUACAGCGACUACUGCAAAAACAGCAAGUGAUCUGAGCUUCAGGCUCCUGUCAGAUGGGCAUUCUGGGUAGAGCUACUGCUGGUGAUGGGAGAAAACAUAGCUGGAGUCCUUCCUUACUGUCUUUUUUAAUUUCAUCUGUAACAGUAAAGGGAUAGCUCACCCGAAAUUGAAAUUGACUCCUCGUUAACUCACUCUCAAGCAAUUCCAAACUAUUUAUGAAGCUUCUGUUGGACACAAAAGAAAAGAACGUUGAAAACCGGUAGUCAUUGACAUACAUAAUGAUUACUGGUUUACAAAAUUCGUCCAAAUAUAUUAAAUUGUGUCCAACAGAAGAAGGAAAAUGAGUAAAUGAUGACUGAAUUUUACAUUUUUGGGUCAACUAUCUUUAUCAGUGAUUAAACGAAUUCUGAUUUGUGUUGUCUGUUAGCAUGAUUUUAGGGCUAAUUAUAGUUUUAGGGUGUGUUCACACUUGGUUUGUUUGAUCUGGAGUAUAAAAGAAAACUUUCUUUUCUACCGUCACUUUGAGUGACUUAUAGGUCACACUGAAGCACCAGACAGAAACGGAGGACAUUGGCAGAUCAUUUAGCCUGUAAAGACAUUUUUUGAAUGAUUUUUAAAUAUUAUUUCUGAAAACGAGAGUAACCUGCUCUGAGCUGGGAUCAAACUGUGGAAUCUUUGCAUUGAAGUCGAUUGCUCUAACAAGGAGGCUAAAGACCAUGGCCUCUAGCGUUUGUCCCUAGAGCAUUUUUAGCUAACUGGCUUCUUUUACACUCACCCCCCUAAACCUCACUCCCAUCCCGGACGAGCCCCCAAGUGUAACCCACCGGUCCUAUUGCACCCAUUCCACUCUGACCUUGCAUUGAACUGGGGAUUUUUUACAUGGGACUCGGUUGUUCUAACAAGGAGGCUAAAGACCAUGGCCUCUAACGUCUGUCACUAGAGCACCUUUAGAGAUCAGAGUGAGGUUUCCUUGCAUAGCACUUCACUAGCUGGCCACUGUUACACUCAGCCCCCUAAACCUUGCAUUGGAGUUGGUAGUUCUAACAAGAAGGCUAAAGACCAUGGCCUCUAGCGUCUGUUGCGAGAGCUCUUUUAGAGGUCAGAGGUGUGACGUUUACUUGCAUAGCACUUCACUAGCUGGCCGCCGUAACACUCACCCCCCUAAAUCUCACUCCCAUCCCGGGCGAGCCCCCAAAUGUAACCCAGAGAGCCUACUGCACCUAACUUGGCUGAGCUGGGAUCAAAUCGGCGAUUCUUUACAUUCAAGUCGGUUGCUCUAACAAGGAGGUUAAAGACCAUGGCCUCUAGCGUUUGUCCCUAGAGCAUUUUUAAAGGUCAGAGGAGUGAGGUUUACCUGCAUAGCACUUAGCUAGCUGGCUUCUUUUACACUCACCCCCCUAAACCUCACUCCCAUCCCGGACGAGCCCCCAAGUGUAACCCACCGGUCCUAUUCCACCCAUUCCACUCUGACCUUGCAUUAAACUGGGGAUUUUUUUUACAUGGGAGUCGGUUGUUCUAACAAGGAGGCUAAAGACCAUGGCCUCUAGCGUCUUACACUAGAACACCUUAAGAGGUCAAAGGUGUGACGUUUACUUGCAUAGCACUUCACUAGCUGGCCACCGUUACACUCACCCCCCUAAAUCUCACUCCCAUCCCGGACGAGCCCCCAAGUGUAAUCCAGAGAGCCUACUGCACCUAACUUGGCUGAGCUGGAAUCGAAUCGGCGAUUCUUUACAUUUGAGUCGGUUGCUCUAACAAGGAGGCUAAAGACCAUGGCCUCUAGCGUCUGUUGCUAGAGCACCGUUUAUGGUCCGAGGAGUGAGGUUUACCUGCUAACACUUCACUAGCUGGCUUCUGUUACAUUCACCCCCCUAAACCUCACUCCCAUCCCGGAUGAGCUCCCAAGUGUAACCCAUAGCUCCCACUGCACCCAACCUAAUUUGAGCUGGGAUCAAACUGGGAAUUCUUUGCAUGGGAGUCAGUUGUUCUAACAAGGAGGUUAAAGACCAUGGUCUCUAGCGUCUGUUGCUAGAGCACCGUUUAUGGUCAGAUGAGGGAGUUUUACCUGCAUAGCACUUCACUUGCUGACCACCGUUACACUCACCCCCUUAAACCUCACUCCCAUCCCGGAUGAGCUCACAAGUGUAACCCACAGGUCCUACUGCAUCCAACCCGCUCUGAGCUGGGAUCGAACUGGCGAUUCUUUAAAUGGGAGUCGAUUCCUCUAACAAGAAGGCUAAUGACCAUGGCCUCUAGUGUCUGUCGCUAUAGCUCUUUCAGAGGUCAGAGGAGUGAGGUUUAUCUGCAUAGCACUUCACUAGUUGGUCUCCGUUACACUCACCUCCCUAAACCUCACUUCAAUCCCGGACGAGCCCCCAAGUGUAACCCACCAGUCCUACUGCACCCACCCUGCUUUGAGAUAGAAUUGAACCGGUGAUUCUUUACAUGGGAGUUGGUUGUUCUAACAAGGAUUCUAACCACUAGCUGGCCUUCAAGACUAUAUUUUGCGCGUCUAAAAAAAUGCUUUUUGAUUUAGGAAUUUUCAGAUAUUUGGACUAGAAACAAGACAAAAAGGCACAUUUAAAAAAAAAAAAAAACUUUUCAUUCAUAACUGAAUAUGCUCAUUGUAUUUGGACAUGUGUUGGUAUUUCUAUUGGUUAUGAACUCGAGAAAGAGUUUAAUGAAUGAAAACAGCCUUUAAAAAAAAUCUCAGACACAAAUGAACAUCUGCUGUAAGCAAUAAAUAUGUCUGACAUCAGUACUGAACUGAAAUCAGCAAUACUGACUGUGAAGAGA